AUGCCCCCAAAAGCUACCAGAGCCGAUCCACGAAGGGUGCCCUGCCAGUGCCGAAUUUCCGGAUGCUAUAAGAGCGUUUACAUCGACGCACAUGGCAUAUCACAACGUGGUGUCGAAGUCCUUCCAGCAACAAAGGAAGCUCACGAACGUGCUGAACUGCGAAGUCGGAUCCAGUCACUCUCCCUAUCGCCUUCGCAUGGUUCAGCGAUUUCAUCUGGAUCACCUGGUAUCGAUCUCCGGGAUGAUCUGAUUGGUCCUUUAACCAAUCUUGGUAUUGGUGUACCAAACGAGCGCACUCCUACUAGAAGUGCUUCUAGACCCACUUUCACACCAGUGGUACUAGAUUCAAAUGGCGAACAGUCUCAUUCCGCAAACGACUCGCCUGAUAUAUUGGCAACAAGUACAAGCGAGAGUCUCGAAGACUCGAACAGACUCUCAAACAUGAUCAACGAAUCGACUAAUACAAGCACCAAUGCUGACUUAGGUAACAGAACUCAAAUUUUGGAUCCUGACGUAUCCGCGGCUGCAUCAAUAGCACGAGAGAAGGGUUUGGAUGUGUAUGACUGUAGUCACUUUCAUAAGUUCAGUUUAAAAGCUUUUAACCCAGUAUGCCUUCACAUUGCGGUGACUGCUGCAGUGCUGAGCAUAUUUGAUCAUGCAAGCAUAUGUCAAGAACGAUGA